AUGGAAUUCAUCUACCAAGCCAAGUAUACAAAAGAAUUAAUUCAAAAGUUUGGAAUGAGCAAUGCCAAGUUAAUUAGAACUCCUAUGAGUCCCUCUACAAGUUUUGACAAGUAUGAACAUGGAAAACCAGUAGAUGAAACAAAGUACCAUGGAAUAAUUGGAUCUCUAUUAUAUCUAACUGCUAGUCGAUCAGAUAUCAUGUUCAGUAUUUAUAAAUAUGCCAGGUUUCAGUCAACUCCUAAGAAGUCACACUUAACUGUAGUAAAGCGAAUAAUUCGCUAUCUUAUCGGAACCACCUCUUAUGGACUUUGGUAUCCACGCUCUAACAAUUUUAAACUUGAGGGAUUUUUAGAUGUUGAUCUUGCAGGUGACAAGGAAGACAGAAAAAGCACAAGUGGCACCCGCCAAUUAAUGGGAAAGGCAUUAAUCUCCUGGAACAGUAAGAAACAGGGAUCAGUAUCUCUUUCCGCAAUCGAAGCCGAGUCCCAUGUGUUAGAUUACAUCACAGUCCAGCUAGAUAAGAGCUUGGGGUAUGAGGAGGAGCCAGUUGCUAUUAUUGACAGGCAUGUCCGCAAGUUGAGGUCUAAGAAUAUUUCAGCGGUAAAUGUCCAGUGGAGGGGGCAACUAGUCGAGGAGUUGUCUAAGUAUGAUUCGUCACAUUCGGGGCUAGUUGGAAGAAGUUUGAAAUUCAAAGAGUGA